UCAAAAUAUUGGGGCCACAUGCAUCCGCAAAAGACGAGAACGCGCGCCCAGUGUCUUCUAGGCUUCCCUCUCGGAUACUGUCGUUUCCUGCAUUCCAGUUGAUUGGCAAGGGGGGCCCGGACGACCACUGAGUAGCGAAAGACUGGGAUAAGAUGGAGAUUUGCGAGAGACUUUUGUGCCUGGCCGUGGUGUCCAGCGUUCUCUGCGUUGGCUCGGUUCUGGGGAAAUAUGUGAGAGGUAUCGUCAAUACCAAGGAGGACUGGUUGUUCCUCACUCGCUUCUGUUUUCUCACUGAUUUUGGACGUCUGGACUUCCGGUUCCGCUACCAAAAGUCGCGAUGCUGUCAGAAUAUAUUGCUCUACUUUGAUGACAGCUCUCAGUGGCCAGCUGUGUACAAGAAGCCGGACAAGGACUGCUACCAGAAGGAGGAGGUGUUGAGGCCAGAGAAUAACCAGGUCAUCAACCUGACCACGCGCUACACCUGGUCUGGCUGUGUGGUGGAAGGAGAGGGGGAUGAGGAGGUGCUGAGUUGUGUGGGAGGUCGUAGUUUCCGCUCGGUGAGGGAGAGAUGGUGGUACAUCGCUCUCAGCAAGUGUGGGGGGGAAGGUUUGCAGCUGGAGUACGAGAUGAAGCUGACCAAUGGCCAGUCUUUCUGGACACAGCAUUUCUCUGCAGACGAGUUUGGGAUCCUGGAGACUGACAUCACGUUCCUGGUUAUCUUCUCUCUGGUCUUCAUCCUCUCCUGUUAUUUUGCCUAUAAUCUGAAGGGAAGGCAGCUUCUCCAUACGACAUAUAAGAUGUUUAUGACUGCGGCUGGUGUAGAGGUUCUCAGCCUUCUGUUCCACUGUAUCUACUGGGGGCUGUAUGCCAGAGAUGGAGUGGGCAACGGCAGUCUCAAGAUAAUGGGGAAAUUACUGUUCUCUGUCAGUUUCCUGGUGUUCCUGCUGAUGCUGAUCCUGCUGGGGAAAGGCUUCACUGUCACCAGGGCGAGGAUCAGCCACAGUGGAUCUGUCAAGCUGUCCAUCUACAUGACAGUCUACACCGUCACCUAUAUCAUCCUCUUCAUAUACGAGGCAGAGUUCUUUGACCCAGGUGAGGUGCUGUAUGCGUAUGACAGCCCGGCGGGCUACGGUCUGAUGGGUCUCCAGCUGCUGGCCUACGUGUGGUUCUGCUACGCCGUCCUGAUCUCCCUCAAACACUACCCUGAGAAACAACCCUUCUACAUUCCCUUCUUCACGGCGUACACACUCUGGUUUUUCGCGGUGCCCGUCAUGGCUCUGAUAGCUAACUUUGGCAUCCCUCGCUGGGCACGGGAGAAGAUCGUCAACGGCAUCCAACUGGGCAUCCACCUCUAUGCUCACAUCGUAUUCCUCGCUAUCACACGGCCCUCUGCGGCCAAUAAGAACUUCCCGUACCACGUGCGGACCUCUCAGAUCGGGAUCCUGCUGUCCAGUCCAAAGGCGGGUGUGGCGAGUGAGAGUUUCCCCCACCAUGCCUACGGGAACAGCUCCUUCCUGGGCGACUCCCAGCCCAACUUCACAGAACUCUUCUCCAUCCAGUCGGGCCCGGUGAAGACGGUGGAGGAGACGGUGGCCCGGAAGGGACAGGAAGUGCAGAGGAACAGUGAGCAUAAGAUCAUCACCACCACGGCCGACCUGUCGUCACCCACCUUCCCCCCACUCCCUCCCCCCAUGCCCCCGCGCCUCAACGCCCACUCCCCCACUCCCCCUCCACGACUCCCCUCCCACUUCACUGAGUACUUCAGCAUGCAGGGGGGAGGGGGCGUGGGCACCAAGGCAUGAGACAGACAGAGAGAAAGAGGGACAGAAAGAGAGAGAAAGAGGGACACAGAGAAGGAGAGAGAUCGAAAGGGAGGUGGAGGAAGAUCAGGUAGCACAGAAAACAGGUCAAGCUAUGGAUAGCCACGAGGGAAGGAUAUAAGGAGGAAGAGAAGGGGAAGUCAUCAAAAGCAGGCAUGUGGAAUAGAAGCCCUAAAUGUCCCAUUUUCACCUCUGAAUGGAGAGAAUGGGAAAAGAGCGGAAUAAAGGAGAGGAAAUGGCUGUGAGUUCAAAAGUGCUGAGGUUGUAAAAGAAAAAAGAAGCAAUAAAUAUUUUAACAUGACCAGGGAGAGAGGCACCGAGAGGGAAGAGAUGACAGAGUGGAUGUAGACUGAGCAAUAGAGUGAUAGGAGUGCACAGUGGAGACUGAACAAAACUCUUAUGAACACUUUUAUUCAAGAAUUUAUAAGGCAUCAAUGGAGGGGCUGAGGGAAAGUGUAAAUAGCUGAAGAGAAUGAGUUACCAUUACUUUAAAAUAGUUGCAGAGUUUAUAUUACAAAAGGGAUGUUUUUUUCCACAUUGUCGAAUUCCAAGUGGUGCUGUGACCAUUGCAAUUCUCAUGCCAUUACAUUGUACCAGAGUAAAAUGUUCACUCCCUUCCUGAAACAAUACAUUUGUUUUUUUCUAUGUUUGACAGAUUUUGUUAACACAAAAUAUUUAAUUUCUCCAUAUAGGAUAUGUUGGGAUGAUUUAUAUUCUUAUAUAUGUUGAUUGCUCCAGGCUAUAGGAUUUGAUAUACUGGUGUUUAAGUGUACAAUGUUCAGUUUACUGUGGACCCCUGAGGUACUGGUAAAACAAGUGUGUACUGUAUCUACCGUACUCCCUGUCUCUAAACUGAUAUUCUCCAUGUGCUCAUACAGUGCGUGUGCCUGUUGUACCAAACAACUAUACAAUAACAUUAGUAACUAUACAAUAACUGUGUAUAUUUCAUACCAUAUAGGCUACUGAGGAGGUGUUAAUGUCAAUUCUUAGGGAUUUAUAUUGGAACCUUAUGUUACCUUAUGUCAUACUGUCCACAGAUAACUGUUUUAACUCUGAAUACUACUGUUCAGUUUUCACUGGAGUGCAAGAUAUUAGCUUUCUCUGAAUGUAAUUCCUUGAUGUAUGUAGACCUUGGUGAAUGUAUUAAUGCAAUAGAGCACAAGGAAAGGGGUGGUUUUAAAGUUACAUUUUUUGUAACAUAAAAAUCAUACUUAUAGAUUGUUUUAUUUUCAAUUUCAGCCUCCAUCCUUGACACAUGAUUUAAGGAGGGAAGGUUGUCCAGCGAGGAUAUGACUUCAUGAUCACCCCCCCCCCCCCUCACCUGACUAGUAUGUAAUGAUGUCAUGUCAAACCUGUACAUGUAUGGCCGUUUCCCUCAGUGAAGUUCUACAGUACAUCUGCUCUGAUACUGUGUGAGGGGCUUGCUCAUUGUUGUUUAUCGAUAAGUAGGAUCAGUAGUUCUUUCUGACCAUGAAAACUCCUUGGCCCAUACACAACUGAAGCAAACCCUUUAGAGUAACUGUGAAAGUAAUAGCACCAACGUCCUGUUUGUCCUGCAUGGAGCACUUUAAUGUCCCCCUUCUCUUAGAUUUUCUGUUCUGCCAUUUAUUUCAAAGUGACUUUGAAGAGCGCUUUAUAACUGAAUUAUACGUAUCCACACCACUAUCCAAUGAUAUUCUGGUAUCAAAUAUACAAACGUUACCUGUAGAUAUGUUCAUAUUAAUUUAAUCAAGUGUCAUUAUCAGACAUUUUAAAAAUGGUGUCUGAAUAACUUUAAGUUGAUUAAGUAGCCUAUUCAUAAGACUGUGUCAAGGACAAUUUUACCACCGGUUUCUUCUAAGAAAUGGAAGCAGUCAACAAUUAUUUACUUUUUCUUGUAUAACUUGUUAAUAUCUGAGUAUGAAACAUGCAUCAGUCUAAUUUAAAAAAAAUCCAAUCUGUAAAAAAA